UGGGCGGUGAUGAAUACAACAGAUAGUACCACCCUGUCGACUUCGCUUCACUCCAGUAAUUUACGCACUGUCGCAAUCAUGGUAUCAGCCUCCGUUUUGAAAAAAAACUUAAAGCAUGCCUUCCACACGACUUCGUUUUGCAGCAGUGCCUCACCACGACACGGCAAACAAGCUACUGCCUUCUCAAAGCUAAAUAUCAACUCUUCAACUACGUCGUACUCCAGCCUGUCUUCCAGGACACAAUGGAAGAGACCCUCAUCCUUGCACCUCGAAUAUGCGCCGUUUGUGGUGAGAAGGCUGGGCUGCUCUUCUGCACCGGCUGCCGGGUCGUUCACUACUGCGGCAGGAAACAUCAAGAGGACCAUCGACCUGCCCAUAAGUCGGCCUGCAAUGCCAUCAAGAAGGCCACUUUGGCUCUGGAGAAAGAGGAGACUAAACUCCGCUCCAUGCUGCCGGACGUCUUUGACACCCAAGUCGGUCGUUUCUGGGGUAUCGUCGAGACCCGAGACUACAUGAUGACACGGUUCGUCGCGGCCAAAGCCAUCCUCAGGGUAAACAACGUCGACGCUGUCGAGAAGGCACUGAGUCACCUCAAGGAUAUGCUGCGUCUGUGUCGUUCCGACAAUCUUGGUAUGCGGGAUAUUGUCCCAUUCCUGCACCUGCGGCUUGGCCAAGAGCAGGAAUGCUAUGACUUUCUGAAGUCCUGGUUAGUUGAUGGUUCCGACGGCCGCAAGCCAAACACCGAUAUUCGCGACGCGGACGCCUUUGAGUAUGUGGAUGGCUUUAUCCCCACAGCCGAGCCUGCCCAUCUUGUUGCUUUGACCCUUCUCAAGCUGCGGCUCUAUCUAGACUUCAGAGCCUACCAGAUCUAAAGCUUGUAAAGACUAGGGGGAAAACUACGCCGAGUGAUCGCAUUCCCGCAAAGGUCGAAGACCUCCAAAGUCAGUAUUUGAAGCUCUGCCAAGCUGUCCACAAUGCGAACCCCUACAUCUGGCCUCUUCUGGUUAGACAAGACACAGUGCCAACGCCGCCAGACAGUUACAGCCCCGGCUCACCUGAUGAGGCAGAACUCGUGGUUUUUAACUGCAAGCGUGCAUGGUUUGAGACUGAAGAUGCUAUCGUCAUGAUCGAUGGCGACACAGCCAAGUUCGCUACCGUCUAUCGGGGCUCGGGGACGGCGACAAACGUCUCUACACAUAACACAAGCCGCCGUGACGUUCUGGUGCUUUGCGUCGAAAGACAAUUCCUUGUUGAACGAGUCUACCCACCCCUGAUCAACAAAAUCACUGCCAAGGCCUCUUCGGUCCAGAUUGCCGGCACGGUCGACGAGGCCGUCUCCAAGCUCAAUCAAAGCCCACCCCCCUGUCAUCCUCGAUGUCGAUGGGACCAUCCCGCGCCAGAGAAAGCUCCUCGAACGUGUCAUCGACCUCAUGCACGGCGGAGCCACGGUGGUGCUAGCCGGCUCCUUCAGUACUUUUUGUGACCAGCGGGGAGAUGGACCGGAUGUUCGCGACCAUCGGUCUGCCAUGGACGAUGGCGUCAUACACAAGGGAAACCGUCAAGCUCCGGAGGCGUGCUGUGCCCGACGACAUUGCCGGACGGCUCUCUUCUGCCCAUAUCCAGAAGGCUUUGUUCCUGGGCAACGUUAAUGAGGCAGAUGCGUGGUACGGACGAGGCGAGAAUCAUCCCGAGGCUGCGGUUGAGUUUACAAAGGUCGGGAAUGGUAAGCUGGGAUAUGUUGGGGAUGUGAAUGGAGAGGAUGUAUCCGAUACUGUCAUCAUGGCCAUGUGUGGACUGUGAUUAUGGUAGGAUCCUGCAGCCCAAAGGUUUACUUCAGAGCGAACGUUUGAGGAACGUAUCGGGGCGAUGUGUCCCAUGCAGCUUUAAUUCCUCCUUGUAUUUGGGCGACUUGGAUUCGACUGACGUGUACAUCAUUUGGUACAUCGCCCUAUGUUAGUAGUCAUGGCUAACAGCCAGGUCACUUUCUGUGAAGAUAGGCUUACUGUGGAACUUUGAGGGGAGCCUAUUGUAAUUAGUUGGUUGCCUGGCUAGGUAGCGGAGAUGAUAGCUUAUACUGCUUACGUGUAGAUUGGCGCUGGAUACCUACCUACAUAUGCAGGGUUCUACGAGGUAACGAGGGGUUGGCUGGAUAAAUAUACGUCAACGAGGACCGCGUGAUAUACUCGGCCAAUAAAACGUCGGCACUAUCACCUGUCGAUUGGGGUAGCGUCGAUAUUCCUCUAGCAGUUUUUAAUCGUAUCCCUGGAUCUUUCGGGAAUCACAGCCAUGAGAUCUUAUUUCCGCAUAUUCUAGUUCAGUUCAGCACUAGAUAGUAUUUGUAAGCACAUACCGUCUAGGGCCGGAAAAUAACCAAUGUCAGUUGCAGGUUCGACCGCGACUUACAGGCGCCAUGUCCCUAAGGAAGCGGGUUUUUUGUUAUCAGCGCUACUAAGACCACCUAGUUGCCCACCUUUUUUUUUACCUUGCCUUGCUUGCCUAACGUGAUAGUGCGAGUCUGACGCAACCAAGACAGGUACAUGGAGGGCCAACACCAAUCGGCGUACUCAUAACAGGGACCCGAAGAUUAUAUUGCUGACAGGUGAAAAAAAAAAAAAAAAAAAAAAAACACCGUCAGCUUUAGUCCCGGAACGUAUACGUAUGCGAGCAGAGUCCGAGGGCGGUGUGGCUCUACUGCUUCCGACGCGGCUGGCGGCUGUCGGGAGCUAUCAUGAUAAUAUGGAGUGCUCAAGGUAUUCAUCGGCCAGUUUGCGACGUUUAUCGACGAUGCAUAUGUCGGUAUACAUACAUCCUUAGACAUGUAUAAAUAUGCUCUCCCCUCCUCUUGUCGUCGGACAAUGAUCAAACUCAGUCGGGAUAGUACCGCCAUCCAUCGUGAGAAUUACACACAGAUAUCAACCGCACCUAAACUCACAAAGUCUCUCAAAAUGGCCAGCCUUUACCAGCAGACAAUCCCCGUCUUUAUCAAGUACUUGAAGGCCAUGGAUGGCCUUCUAGUCAAAGGCGAAAAGUACGCCGAUGAGAAUGAAGUCGCACACGAUGACAUGAUCAACUAUCGUAUUGUCCCAGACAUGAGAGGCCUCGCAUACCAAGUCCAAUCGUGCUCCAACACGGCCAGGUUCGUCUUGUCGCGCGUGGGCAGGAUCCCGCACGUGCCGAUGGAGGACAACGAGACAACGUUUGCCGAGCUGCGCGACCGCGUCGCCCGCACCAUCAAGGUCCUCGAGGAGUUUGACCCCAAGGCGCUCGACCGGCCCGCGGACGAGGAGGUGGUGAUGGAGACCAAGGUCGGCAGGUUUGGCUUCACGUGCCAGAGCUACAUUAGCGAGUUUGCCAUUCCCAACUUCCACUUUCACCUGUCGACGGCGUACUGCAUCUUGCGCGGGCAAAAGGUGCCGUUGGAGGCUUUGGAUUACCUAAAGGAUGUGUUCCACACGGUGCCGGCCGCGGAGGAGGGAAAGUAAAAAGAGAAUAAACGGAGAGGAGAAACUACAAAGUAGAGCUAUACCAAUUUACCAGUAGUACAGUACAUGACUGCCAGGCGUGUUUUUUUCUGCUUUCUUACCUGCCUUGCCUACCUAGAAACGAUAGUAUCUUAGGCAUGCG